AUGGAGACCCAGCCCCGAGCGUCGACUCGGUCGCGCAUCCCACAAGUCGGCCUUCGAGAGAUGAAUCCUGCGACAACCAAUGCUCGGUCCGGCAUGUCUGGCAUCCUGCCGCCAGGAACCAUCGCAAACAAAGCCGUUUCCCGUACAGCCCAAUCUGCGCUUUCCAAGACCAUCGAUGCGCGAGACACUGACAUUGCUAUUUAG